UCACGCGUCGCGACACCGGCCUCUACGCGUCCCGACGGUACCGUGCUAGUGCGUCUCUUCGAGCGCGUUUCUUCGCAGCAAUGUCCCGUGCGGUCGGUGAGGAUUUCCGGCUGUUAUUUUAAGGUUUCCCGCGAUAUCGCACGGACAGCAGACAGUGAGAAAUUGUUGAAGGAAAAACCUCCCUUCUUCGGCCGCUCGCAAGCUGAGAUGGAAAAUUGUGGUGCGUCAAUCAUCUCUGGCCUGGGUCUAUUUUGGAAAAUGGUGGGGCAACUGAAAAUCUGAAGACUGUUGCUGGAGAGAAAAGGUGGAAAAUGGCGUCGAAUUUCCGCGGGUUUCUGAUGUGGUGUGUGCUUAUCGCGUUAGUGUUCGGGGAUGGAUUCUACGCUGAGAGGGAACCGCCUGAUACCCCGGUGAUCCGUCACAGACGCAGCUACCAGUCGAGGAACAAGACCGUCCUCAACCAGAACCAAGACAAGGAACGCAACCUCGUUUUCGCCACAGAGAACUGUACAGUGGUGGUAGCUCAGGUCGGCGGUACGGCUACUCUUCCUUGUGUCGUCAGGAAGUUCAGUAAUGGAGUGGUAUCCUGGAUAAGGAAACACGACUACCAUCUACUGACAGUUGGUUUGGCCACCUACAACACCGACGACCGUUUCUUAGUCGAACACGUGCGUCACCUUCAGAACUGGGGUCUGUUGAUAAGGAACGUUCAGACCACAGACGAGGGUCUCUAUGAGUGCCAAAUAUCCUCGCACCCACCCACCAGCAUCAUCAUCGAGCUCAAAGUGACCAAAGCUUCAGCGGCCAUCCAAGGUGCUCCGGACCUCUACCUGAGGGCUGGUUCUGUACUACGUCUGGUGUGUACCCUGCAGCACUCCACGGAACCACCUGCCUACGUCUUCUGGUACCAUGAACAACGCAUGAUCAACUACGAUCCGGGAGUCGAGGUCAAGGAAAGUAGAGCCUCCAGCGUGCUCCAGGUGCAGGGGGCGGACAAGAGCCACAACGGCAACUAUACCUGCAGCCCCUCCAACACGGUGCCUGCCUCCAUCAUCGUGCACGUGCUGAAUGCGACAGCAGAGGAGAAGCCAGCUGCCAUGCAACACGCAAACUCUAGUCCUACGCUAUCUACGACAGUGAUGAAAUACAGCCUUGUAAUAAUGGUGAUGGUAUGCAGUCUACCAAUAACGUGAUUCCAGCAUCUGUAAAGAUCACUCUUGCCCUGGAGUGUUUCCUCGAAACAAUUAAAAUUAGUGAGGAACGUCUCGGAGUGUUCAAAAACUAUGGCCUGUUUCCUUUGAAGCCUGAGCUAUCUGACUGCAGGAUCAACGCUCGGACACAAAGAAUUCGCGGCAUCCCCUGAAGGAUUUUAUAUUUUCAUUAUCGAAUUCUCUUUCGUAACUUGUUCUCUGUUUUCAGUAAAGAGUGCUGUGCUCAAAACAGCGUGAACAGAUAAUUUGAAAUUGUUGUGAGAGAAACAAUUCCAGAGAUGGGAUUAGCCGAUUCGCUGAUCUAUUGCUUCAGUGCAGAGGUGGACUGUUGAAGUUGUAUACGGACGUUGAAAGAGUUGUUGAAUGUACUUUACUUUUUUUGAAGUGUGGAAGGGAGAGUUUAAAAAUUAUCUAUGAACCCUGUAUAUUUGUACAUACAGCAUGUAAAAUACUUUGAUUGGAUAAUGUGAUGUUGAAAAUAUUCGCUUGCCAAAUUAUAUCCGAAAUUUCAUUUAUUUUUACUCAAUAAAAUGUAUUUGGAAGUGAA